AUGGCAUCAGAGUCUGCAAAUAAAAAAGUAACUCCAGAUACCGAACCAAAAUCAGGAAAACCCAUUAAAGACGUGACAGAGAACGCUAUUGAGGAGGUGGAUGAACCGCAUUUUACACUAGCAAUUAAGAUACCGCAUUAUCCGGGGCCAACUUAUGUCUUUGCAAAUGCGAGUGAACUCGUACAAGAGGUUAAACAAUGGCUCACCGACUCACCUGAAACCUGUAUAUAUACCUGCUUCUCCCUUUAUUUGAACGGCAGGCGACUAGAUGACUAUAAAGAACUCCAGGAAGAAAACAUCACUCAAGAUUGCGACUUGGAACUUAUCGAAGAUCCCUAUACCGAACGUGAAGCUCGCAUUCAUGUCAUCCAUGUCCGUGAUUUACUUGUCGGACCAUUUAAACAGAAUCCAUCAGCAGUUGGCAUAGAUCCAGGAUUGUCCUUCUUUACAGCGAUCAGUGGAACUUUGGAAAAGGCCACCAAUGGAAAAUCGAAGGAAAAUAGUAAAUCAUUGAAAGACGACGAAGAGCAACCGAAUUCACCACAAACACCUUUUACUGAUUAUGAUUUUACGACUCCAUCACUUUCAAAAUUCAUACCGGAAAAUUUUGGGCAGUGUAAAAUUAAAUGUCUUGAAACUCUGUAUCUUUCUGGAUGGAAUCCCGUACCGUUUGAACGUCGCCGACGAGGAGAUCUGUUAUAUUUAACUGUGAUAACAAUUGAGGGUGAAACCUUACAUAUCACAGCGGGAGCAAAUGGAUUCUUUGUGAACAAAUCGACUUUGAAAAAUUUUGACCCUAAUCCUCGGUCCGAGCUUCAAAUAUACCAUGCACAUUCACUCAUAACCCUUUUGCAAGGACUUUCACCUGCAUUUCGUGCCAACUUUAAAGCACUACAAGACUUCACCGGGUCGCACCACCCUUUUGAGACCAUUCCUGUUAACACUUGUUUCCCCGCCUACCCGUGGGCUGUCAGACAGGCAAAGCAUACCUACGAUAUGGGACGAUUAUCUGAUAUAUAUUUGAAUUAUGGUACUGAUGCGGUCGAUUCUCUUCGUGAUUGGAAUGAUGAAUUUCAAUCUCAAAGAGAAUAUCCCAAAACUGAAUUGAAAGAUCGAGUGUUACGAGAAAGACUUGUCAACAAAAUCCAAGCCGAUUUUACUGAAAGCGCAGUGAGGGGAGCUAUUGCGGUAGUUAACGGCAAUGUUGUUCCAUUCAACCCUCGUGACCCAGAGGAAGAGCACAUGUACGUAUAUAACAAUAUAUUCUUCAGCAAAGCGUUUGACACAAGAGGGACAUUUGCAAAGCUUGGUGGUAAUUAUGCUGCACAUGUGGCCACCGGAAAGGAUUUAGAGGGAAUACGAACUGUGAACUUGGUGGACGUUGAGGGGUUAUAUACUUUAGGUUGUGUUGUUGUAGAUUACAAGGGUGUCAGAAUAGUCGCGCAAACUAUCGUACCAGGAAUAUUUCGACGCCAAGAUGAUUCUUCUAUUGUUUAUGGAUAUUUUGACAAUGGCCGCGAUGAACCAAAAUUAUGUUCUAAUCCAGAAUUUCACGAGAUCGUUGGAAAAGCCGCGAAAGCCCUCCAUCUAUCGGAACACACCGUUUGUGAUGCGAAGGGGACAUCCGUCAAAUUAUAUACCUCUCUAGAAACAAAGGGUUUAAUGGGGGACGAUGGUCGUCGGUACUUGUUCGAUUUAUACCGUUUUAGUCCGGUCGAUAUCGAAUUUUUAGAACAAGAAUGCGAGGUCAAGGAAGGUAGUGAUAUGCCUAUUUACCCGCACAAGCUGACGUUACUCCGACCUGAACUGAUCGAAUCGUGUUGGGACAGUAAAUUCAGAAGUUGGCUUCAGGAAAAAGCUAGCAAGAAACAAGAGGAUGAGAGCGCUUCUCAAGAAACAGUGAUUACAAAUAUUGAGGAGUUCAACUUUGCAUUCAAUCCUGAUGCUUUCACAAAUUAUAAAACACCACAGGGAGAAGAAUAUGACAAGAUCAGGGCUGAUGAUGAAGAAAAUGUUCGAUUUGCAUCGAAAUAUUUAAGGGAAACUGUCAUUAGGAUGCUGAUACUAGAAUUCACAACACUUGCUGUAUCCCCCGUUGAUGGUACCUCCCUCACAACAACUAUGCAUCGUCGAGGAAUCAACAUGCGAUAUUUGGGUAUGAUUGCAAGCAUAAUAGACGAAUCACAGGAUCACAAAUUGGAUCACGUAAAGGUGGGCGCACAAAUGAUAAUUGUUUAUUUAUGGAGAUCUUAUUUUGACAGGUUACACACGAUUAAUGCUUGA